CUGUGUCACAGUGUCACUGUUUUACUGGGUGAGGAGCCGUGCCACUACCGCGCUGCUGGAGGGAUAUAGCCACUCAUUUCUCAUACAGUUUCUGAUUCUAGCUGCAGGACAUGAAAUAAACUAUCUCAAAUCUUCAGACAGAAUAAUCAUCAAACAUGACGGUGGAUUUUGAAGAAUGUAUCAAAGAUUCGCCGAGGUUCAGGGCGAACAUCGAUGAAGUGGAGACAGAUGUGGUGGAGAUGGAAGCCAAACUGGACAAGUUGGUGAAACUAUGCAGCGGUAUGAUAGAUGCCGGUCGGGCCUACGUCACGGCCAACAAGCUGUUUGUCAACGGCAUCCGAGACCUGUCUCACCAGUGCAAGAAGGAGGAGAUGAUAUCAGAGUGUCUGGAGAAAUUUGGGGAGAGCCUACAGGAAAUUGUCAACUAUCACAUGAUUUUAUUUGAUCAAGCCCAGAGGUCCAUUAAACAACAGCUUCACAACUUUAUCAAAGAUGAUGUGCGGAAGUUCAAGGAGACGAAAAAGCAGUUUGACCGCGUGCGUGAGGACAUGGAGAUCGCGCAGGUGAAGAACGCCCAGGCGCCCAGGAACAAGCCGCACGAGGUGGAGGAGGCCACCACCGCCCUCACUGUCUCCAGGAAGUGCUUCCGACACCUGGCCCUCGACUACGUCCUGCAGAUCAAUGUGCUUCAAGCCAAAAAGAAGUUUGAAAUCUUAGAUGCGAUGCUGUCCUUCAUGACCGCCCAGUACAGUCUCUUUCAGCAGGGCUACAACCUGCUCGACCAGAUUGACCCCUACAUGAAGAACCUAGCAGCAGAGUUGGAUCAGCUGGUUAUUGAUUCUGCUGUGGAGAAGAGAGAGAUGGAGCACAAGCACGCCAUCAUUCAGCAACGGACCUUAAUGCAGGAUUUCUCCUAUGAUGACUCGAAGGCGGAGUUCAACGUGGACGCCCCAAACGGGGUGGUGAUGGAGGGGUACCUGUUCAAGAGGGCCAGCAACGCCUUCAAGACGUGGAACAGACGGUGGUUUUCAAUACAGAACAGCCAGCUGGUCUAUCAGAAGAAACUAAAGGAUGUUUUGACAGUGGUGGUGGAGGACCUCAGGCUGUGCUCAGUGAAGCCCUGUGAGGACAUUGAGAGGAGGUUCUGCUUCGAGGUGGUGUCUCCAACAAAGAGCUGUAUGCUGCAAGCUGAAUCAGAGAAGCUGCGUCAGGCGUGGAUCCAGGCUGUCCAGGCCAGCAUCGCCUCCGCCUACAGAGAGAUCUCCGAUAACUACUACAUCGAGCGACUGGACCGCACGGCAUCUCCGUCAACUAGCAGCAUUGAGUCGGCGAGCGAGUCACGUGAGCGCAGCGUCAGGGGCGUCGAGACCAUCCUGCAGCGGGUGCAGUCGUUGCCAGGCAACGAGCUGUGUGCUGACUGCGGCCAGGCUGAUCCUCGCUGGGCCAGCAUCAACAUGGGCGUGCUGCUGUGUAUAGAGUGCUCAGGCAUACACAGGAGUUUAGGGGUCCACUGUUCUAAGGUGCGGUCCCUCACACUGGACUCAUGGGAACCUGAGCUCCUCAAGCUGAUGUGUGAGCUUGGUAACGCCGUCAUCAAUCACAUCUACGAGGGAACGUGUGAGGAGAGAGGACUGAAGAAGCCAGGCCCAUCCAGCUCACGGCAGGAGAAGGAGGCCUGGAUCAAGGCCAAGUACGUGGAGAGGAAGUUCCUGAAGAAGAUGUGUGGCUCGGAGGCGCUCGUUGAGGCCGAUAGGAAGUCGCAUCACUGGAAUGCCAAGAAGUGCCGCAGACAACACAGCUCCGUCCGAGCGCCAAAAACACGCCGGAAAUACCGCCACGACGCCGGCAGUGUGUCGCCAGGCAACCUAUCCGCAGCUGCAGCAGCAAAGUUUCGCCGAGACUCUCUCUUCUGCCCAGACGAGCUGGACUCGCUCUUCUCCUACUUCGACAACGGAGCUGGACCUCGCAGUCUCAGCAGUGACAGUGGGCUCGGCGGCAGCACCGACGGCAGCACCGAUAUCCUGGUGUUCGGCUCCAUCGUGGACAGCGUCACCGAGGAGGAGUGUGAAGAGUCUGAGGAGUCGAGCGGCGAGGCGGAGGCGGAGAUGGAGCCGUCGGAGGCGUCGGACCCCGAGGACAGCCGUGACCUCCACCCGGGGGCGCUCCUGCUGAAAGCCUCGCUCAUGCGGAACCUGCCCGCCAUGGCCGAAGCGUUGGCACACCGCGCCGACGUCAACGCGGUCAGCGAGGAGGACGAUGGCAAGAGCGCGCUCAUCUAUGCCGUGACGGGGGGUUCUCUGGUAGCGUGUGAGUUCCUGUUGCAGAACAGUGCUGAUGUGAACCAGAGGGACAUGAGGGGAAGAGGACCCCUGCACCAUGCCACAUGCCUUGGCCACACAGGGCAGGUGUCUUUAUUCCUGAAGCGAGGAGCUUCGCAGACUGAGGUAGAUGAAGACGGCCAGGACCCCCUGAGCAUCGCUGUGCAGGCGGCUAACGCAGACAUCGUCACCCUGUUGCGAUUAGCGCGGAUGAACGAGGAGAUGCGGGAGUCGGACGGACCCAUCGGCCACCCAGGUCACUACCAUAGCAGUAGCCCCACAGAACAGCAGUACAGGAAAUGCAUUCAGGAGUUCAUCUGCCUCACCAUAGACGAGUGCUAGUAUCGGCCCAGCCACUGGGGGGCGACACUAGGUGGGGUGGGGGGUCGAGGCCCAGUGGGGUGGAGAUUGAGGGGGCAAAACAUUAGAUUCUGUCCACAAUUUUUUGUAAAUCCGUACAACAUUAGCUGAAGGGAGAUCACACUCUCCUUGAGCCCAAGGCUGUAAAAGUAGCCUCACGUUGACUGGCAAGGAACCCAAACAAUAUUGGGAGUGGCACCUAUGAGAUCGGCUGGCAGAGAGACACCUGUACUCCUAGCUCUGUCAGCCAGGCCUGUCAGCCAAAUCGCUGUAACACACUCAUCUGUCCUGGAGUGUGUGUGUGUGUGUGUGUGUAUGGGCUGGGACUGACCCGUCCCUUGUCAUUAUGCAGUGCUGCCCAGCUGUGGAGCUUAGGCUGUGAUAUAGUCCUUAAAAAAACAGUUACAGGAGCUGGCUCUUGGGUUCAGAGUUUGCAUUCCUGCUUUCAUGUAUGUACUGUAGGUAACGUUAGCAUCUGAGAACAAGCAAACGAUCAGUCUGAUUUAGAAGUAUUUCCUAACAGUAUUAUUCUAAAAUGACCCUGAGGUCAAUAGCCUCUUGUGAAAAACAGUAUUAAAUGAGGCAGAUUGUAUUUGUGUUAACAGGAGAGGCUGAGACAGUCCUCCAAAGCCCCUCCAGAAAUGGCCCCACUUGACCUCACAUCACAUCACAUGAGUGUGUGAGCCUAUUGAGUCUAUUGCGUUGAUUGUGUGUUGAUUGACACACACACACACACACACACACAGGUCCACCCCUCAGGCCAUAGGGAGAAGAUACUCACCCCCCCCCCCCCCCCCCAAAAAAAAAAAAGACUGUUACUCAAAGUAGCCUCCCCCCCUUUAGUGGGUGGGGGUGUUGAAAACCUGUGAAACUGUUCUAACUGUAUAGCUGUUAUCAGUGGCAUGAUGUCAUAUGAUGUCCAGUGGCGUUGUCGCGGUGGUGUGUGUGUGUCGUUGCGAGGGUCCGGAAUCCUCACGCCGAAAACCCAGAGUGGCUAAAGUAGCUGCAGCUGUAGCUAGGCCUCAUGGAGAGCUGGGAGAGCCUUCAGUAGCCAAUCAGAAGGCUGCAUGCGCGGUCAGGAACUCCCGCUCAUGAGACCUAUCUAAGAGAGAGAAAAAGAGAGAGAGAGCGUGAGAGAGAGAGAGCGUGAGAGAGAGAGAGAGCAUGCAGAAGGAUGCUAUAAUUUCACAACAAAAUGCUAGAACAUGGAAGCAUCGUUUUUUUUUUUUGUAAUGCAACUGUGUGCACUUUUCCUUCAUACAGUAUUAUAUUGAUAUUAUUUUUUUAUCAUUUCAUUUGUAUGUGGUUAGAAGAAUGGUUUGUGUCAUGUCAUGAUGUUUUUAUUUAUAUUUGUUUAGUUUUUCUACCCAGAGGACUCGUGCAAUGGUCACUGACAUGUGCAGAACAGCUGUGUUCCUGUGAUUUCUUUUGUCUGUUUGUUUGUUUGUUUGUUUUCCUUUCCAUAUCAAAUAAUGUUUUGCAUUGAAUAGGUCUAUUUUCUAUUGGCCUUGCAUUGACAGCACACAGUAGACUGGCAUGGUGCUUCGUUCCUGCAGAGUCCUCCUCAACUACGAAUACAGCACGAGAGCUCCAAUUAGAGAUGUUUAAAAAUUAGAGAUGUAUAAAAAUUAGAGAUGGUCUAAUUUAUUUAUAGAGAUAGUCGUGAUGAUGAUGCGGUUUACAUAUUUACUUGUCACGUGGUGAUAAGAUAAAUAUUUACAUAUUUUUAUGCCCCUUGAAUGCUUAUGCCUGACGGCAUUUAGUGUUUUUAUAUACAUUUGACACACGUUUCUCAGUAUUUUCUUGCAUUGCCUGGGUGGAUGUACCCUGUUAUGAUACUCCACACUGUCAGACUGUCUCCUGGUGAUAUAUUUCAUACUCAACACUCUGUAGGUUGUGUAGGCCUAUGCUUUAUGAUUUAUCAUUGUAAGAGGCUGUCUAACUCCACAUACACAUCAGCGAAACCCAUUAGUAGCAACGGAACUUCAACAAUAUAAUUUAGCAUGCUGUUCUCUGAGCAGACCAGAUUGUUCCGUUUGAGUUUAUAGUGAACAUCUCCUUUCUCGGCUGACUGUUUUAUAUGCAUGACCAUUUCUGUCAACAACGCAGAAACUUACCAUCCAGUUAAACUGCAUGAUUUCCUUUGCCAUGAUUCCAGCUGAUUUCUAGUUGACUGUUAUUGUUAACUUUAUGCUUAAACUCAUUACUCUACUUCUAUGAAAGCUUAGCAGAACAUCUGGUCAUUAGUAGAACGACAUACGUCAAUAGAUGGUGUUUGAUGAUGGUAAAAACAGAAACAUUCUCACUAUGAGAUAUAGCACAUCCAUAUUUUAUAGAUAUUAUUCAUUUUCUAGACAGUGAAUUAAACUACCUCCACUAGUUUCCAACUCCCUGAAAAGAAAAUACAAAAUCAUUUGGCCUUUCUUAAAUCUGUGUGGUUCGUUUUGGUCAUUAAUCACCUGAAAUGUUUUCAUUUCACCCCAAAAAAUAUUUAAUACACUAAAAAUGUAAUUAAGUGACUCUUAAAGAGCUUUUGUCCUUGUACUGUGGUCGAAAUUGAUUAGAUUUCUUUAGAGAGUGUUGCCAUCCACAGUGGUAUUGACUGAUACCAUAAAAGUGGAUAGGCUGAACCAUUACAGUGUCUUUCCUGACAGUGAGCACAAUGUCACUGUGAAGGACCAGUCCAUUAAAAGUGUUAAGUGUUGUGUCUUUGGGUGUGAAGCGAGCUUCCAUUAACAUGCUGUAAAUAUGAUAAAAAAAAAAAACCUCUGUCCACUUUUAACUGCUCAACUGUUUCCUGUUUCUGCACUCUCCUCAACCUGACUGGACAGUCUCUCUUUUACUUGUUAGAUGAUUGUCUGUGUUUUGGAGACAUUUUGUGUAAUUCACACUCAACUGAAACCUUCUGCACACCUUUCCCUCAGUCCUGGAGACGCUGAGAAAGAACAAAAACUCCAAAUAAAAACAAAAAAGAAACUCCUCUGUCACAGUCUGCUUCUUUUCUCUCAUUCUGAAUCUGGGUUUCCAAAUCUCUCCACUGGGCUUUGGGUGAAUGCUGCUUCUGUCAUUUCUAUACUCUGUGGGGAUAACGGUGGUGGAAGCCAUAGCUAUUAUAAAUAUAUUUAUAAUAUCUAUGGUGGGAGCAAUCAUCUCAAGAAGACACAACACUCAGGAACUUGUCAUUGCUGUUUUUUUAAAGGGUGACAUUAUGAAACCAUUCAUUGUCACUCACUAGCAUCUUCAAAUGUCACAAAAAGAGCUCUUUUUUCAAAAUCAACCAUUUUAAUGCAUUUUCAUAAAUCUUUUUGUG